AUGAAUUCAUUGUUUGAAUGGAAAGAAAAAACUUAGGAAAUUCAAGGUUGGGUUUGGGAUUAUAAGAAAAAAGAAUUUUUUUAAAACAAUUACUAAUUAACAUUUACAAAAGAUAAAAAUAUUAUAUACACCAAAAAUGGUGCUAUUUUAAGGAUGUAAUAAUAUAUCUAAAUCUUCCAUUAAUAGUGAUAAUAUAAAAGAUGAUACCGAACAACCUUAGGUACUAAAUAAUUUUGAAUAAAUUAAAUAUCUUCAAUGGAUUGGUGAAUUUGGAUAAAGAGGAAAAAAAAUUGGAAGAUGGUCAAUUUAGUGGAAUGGGGAAUUUCUUAAAAAUGUAGGGGGACAUUAUAAUGAUGACGGUUAAAAAGAUGGCAAAUGGAAAGAUAUAAUUUUUAAUUAUUGGAAGUAAAGAACUUUAUAUAUUUUAAUAGUAAAGCUAAAGUUUAUGAAGUUGGCGAAUAUGUUAAAGGUAAAAGGAAAGGAAACUGGAAAUAUAUUUAUGAGAAUAAGAAGAUGUACAAAAUUAUUAAUUUUAAUAAGAGAUGGGGGCGUGUAUAAUGAAUAGGGCCAGAAGGAAGGUAUAUGGAUUGAGUUGAGUGAAGGAUUUUAUUCUGAUUCUCAAGUUAUAUACAAUGGGGAAUAUCAAAAUGGUAAAAAAGUUGGUAGAUGGAAUAUUAAGAAAAGAGUAAAAAGUAAUCAAUCAUUUUUUCAAAUGUAAUAAAAUAAUAUAAAGUAUGUUAUUAAUAUUGUGCAUGUUAGUGCUGGCGGAUCAUAUGAUGAAAGAGGUGACAUAAAGAUUGGGAAAUGGAUUGAUAUUUUUGAGGGAUUUUAGUUUUCCUCUUAAGUAAUUUAUAGAGGUCAAUAUAAAAACGGCAAAAAAGUUGGUAUGUGGGAUAUUUUAUUGGUUUUCAUACAUUGGGAUAAUGAGAAAAAAUAAUAAAUGUAAAAAUAAUAUAAAGUGUGUUAUUAAUACUGUGCAUGUUAGUGGUGGUGGAUCAUAUGAUGAAAGAGGAGAUUGCAUUAAGAUUGGAAAAUGGGUUGAGUUGUCUGCAAAAUUUUGUUCUUUAUCGAAAGUCACUUUUAAAGGUGAAUAUGAAAAUGGAAAAAAGAUUGGUAGAUGGGAUACCGCAUUAUCAGGAAUUGAGAUGUAAAAUAGAUUAGUUAUUUAUAAUUCAGUGGUGGUGGAUCAUAUGAUAAAGAAGGUUAACAAAUUAAGAUUGGAAAAUGGAUUGAGUUAAAUGAUGAGUUAUGUUCUGAAUUUUAUGUUACUUAUAAUGGUGAGUACAAGAAUGAUCAAAAAGUCGGUAAGUGGAAUAUCAACAUUCAGCACAUAAAAGAUAAAUGGAAUGAAUGCAUGUAAAAUAUUAUGUAACAAAAUAUUUAGUGGAGAUGGAUUAUAUGAUUAAAAGGGAGAUGGUAUUAAAAUUGGAAAAUGGAUUGAGCUAUGUGAUGGAUUCAAUCAACAAAAAUAAAUAACUUAUAAAGGGAAUUAUUAAAAUGGAGUAAAAGUUGGCAAAUGGGUUAUUUUUUUUAAUUAGAAACUCAGAAAUAAUGAGAAAAAAAAGAUGUAAGAUAUUAAAAUGAAAAAUUUUUAGAGGUGGAGGAUUUUAUGAUGAAAAAGUUAAUGGCAUGAAAAUUGGGAAAUGGGUAGAAUUAUGUAAUGGAUUCAAUCAGCAAAAAUAAAUAACUUUUAAAGGGAAUUAUUAAAAUGGAGUAAAAGUUGGCAAAUGGAAUUUAUAUUUUUAUGUCAAAUAAGGAGAUAAUGAGAAAAAAAAAAAGAUGUAAUAUAUUUAUGUAACAAAACAUUAAGUGGAGAUGUAUUAUAUGAUGAUAAAGGAGAUGGUAUUAAAAUUGGAAAAUGGAUUGAAAUUUUGGAUUAAUUUAAUUAGGCUAAAUAAAUAAUUUUUAAAGGUGAGUAUAAAAAUGAAAAAAAAAUUGGAAGAUGGGAUACUAUUAAAUUAGAUAAUCAGGCAAAUCAAGUUUGUUUGUAAUUUUAUACAUAAACUAAAAUUUUAGAGGUGGUGGAUCAUAUGAUGAAGGAGGUAAUGGUAUUAAGAUUGGAAAUUGGAUUGAACUGGACGAUGACUUUUAUUAAUAUUAGGAUAUUAUCUAUACAGGAGAUUAUAAGAAUGGUGUAAAGGUUGGUAUUUGGGUGA